AUGAAGGAGCCCACAGGACUGGAAACAAAGGGCGUGGACAGUCAGGGCCGUCCCGCAAAGGCCAAGCACUCGCGUGGGCGAGAGCUGUAUCGGCUGAGACGCCAGGAAAAACUGCUCCGGUACGCUGCUCGGCUGAAGCUGUCAGGAAACUUAAUAGACGGGGAACGUGUGAGCGCACGGACGAUGAAGAUGCGGUCCAAACUGCAAGCGCUUAAGGAGCGGAUUGAUGAGCUGAGCGAGCUGAAACAACAACAGGUUAACAACUCGGUGGGAUCGAUCGACUGGACAGGAAUUAAUCAACGUGCUACCAUAGACAAAAUAUCCACCAUCAGAUACUCCUCGCGUCAACGGGACUACAAGUGGCUACCUACACACGUCUGGCAUGCUAAAAGAGCUCAUAUGGUGAAACGGUGGGGGUUCAAUGUGCCCUACGAGCCAACCAUGAAGUGUUUCAGACAAACAAGUCGACAAAGCAGGAUCAAGGGAUGCGUGGGUUUUGACACAUCGUACAUGAACACGGUGAUUCUCAAGGGAGAUGGGGUUUUUGUGCUUAUUGGAGAGCUGACCAAUGACGAGGCUACAGGGAAGAAGUACCAUUCAAAAGGACGAGUCUGGGAAGGGUUUUUGAUGCUCAACGGGGAACACUUGUGUCGCUCUUUAAUUUGGUGGAUCAAGUCUGGGACCGAGUGUGUUUUACGGUUCCAUCCGUCAGUCUACGAUGUUUUACUUGACCAUCUGGUCAACCAUGCCAAAAAUGUUGAGUUUGAGGAUUGCAGAUACUCCCUGGGGUCGUUGACGGUGACUGGUCCUCAGUCUCUGUGGUCAUUGGCCUCUGUGUUGCAUCCUUCGAUUUCGUCAGAGGCUGGAAGCACAUUUGAGAAGCUUGCAGGACUCAACGAGGUUUCUGCUCUUCCUGUUGGGUCGACGUUUAGCAUGUUCAUAGAUGAUCCUCGUCUUUGGCCCAAACCAGUCAGACCAACGGGCAAGUACGCAGACGUGCUGGAUCUCAUUAUAGACGUUCAAAAUGGAAAGGCAACAGACAGAUCUGCGAUCGAGGCGCUUUUUUCGAAAGAAGGUCGCGUUGCAUCCUACCACGGCCAGCCGUCGCUCAAACAGCUUGGCCAGCGUCGCACGCCGGAGUUUUUGGGCAAACCAAUUCCAAAACUAGAGUCCGACCCGCAAAUUCCUGUUGUAAUCGUGAAAACAACACAGGGACUCGUUCUGUUUGCUCCAUGGCACUGGAUUCUGCCGAUAUGGCACCAGCUCGUACACGUCCCGCAUUUCUCGAUGGGAGGAACAAAACAGCUGAACCAGCUUGGAUUCGAGAAGGGCGAGCUUGGGUUUGCCGACUGUGUGUUUACAAGAGCCGGAUUUCUUGAAGGCCAGCUGAAGAUGAAAGAGCUGGCCACCAAAUGGAGCAAACGGCCGAAGAGCAAGAGGUUCAACAUUUCCAAGCUCAACGAGGCCGGGUCUCCGUUCGGCUGCGAUUGGAGGUACCUCCAGCUUCUUUGGAAGUAUUUGGGAGAGCUUCCUGAGGUCGAGGACCAUUCGGGCACCGAGUUCACUGAGCUUCAGGAGAGAGUGGUGAAGACCAAAAGAGACGUUUUCGAAAAGAUUCAGGACACUAUACAGAAAGACGAGACGUUGGCACAGCUUGGAAAGCCUGUUUUUGCACAGCUUCCAAUUGAACUAUACCGGGGCGAGCACCAUAGACCUUCAACAGAGAAGCUACCUCUGGUUGCAAUUCAAUUUAGCAUGCUGAACAGAGGCCAUCCGCACGACAAUGCACGAAUCUACAAGAUUCCCGAGACUGAGUACAGCUCAUGGAUGGAUGCUGCCAACAAGAAGACUAUACAGGGCAGAACCGUGGCCUUGGAGAAACAGUGUCCAGGCAAAGAGCAUCUUAUUGGCUAUGUCACGAGUGCCACGUUCAAUCUGGCACAGGGCAAAGGCACAGGAGUUGGAUUCAUUGCAUCUAAAGCGUACGACCAUCUCAACUUCAACAAGGCCGACUUCGUGCUCGUUCGCAACGUGGGCAGUACUGCCUGCCACCUUGCCCAGUGGAAGCUUGUGGCUGUGCAGUAA